CUUAAGGUCACGCGAGUGCAUUUACUCUCCCUAAAUCCGCGCGUGCUUUUGCUACAGUGCCCGCGUCACUCUGAUGGUGGCUGAGCUUGCUUCUUCUAAUUUUGGAGUUAAUUUUCACAACCGAAGCACAAUCGCGCAGCGUGUGACUACUGCUUCGACAGUUACACUUCUUACUCGGUCAAGCCCCGGCAAAUCGUAACGGUCAUAUUUUCCUUCCCAUUUUCAACCUUUCUCGCAAAUUAGCAACACCAAAUUUCUCUGCACACGCCCGCAAUUUUUUCUCUGUUCGAAUUCCGUUCAAUGCUUCCCGUAGCUUGUUCGUUUUUCAGUUGGUUUCUAGGGUUCUGAAAUUCGGCGUGAAUUCCAACAACGAGUUUUAAGUUUUGAUUGAGUUACCAAUUGAAUAUUGUUGAUUGUUUGACUAUAGCAAUGAAAAUAUUGUAAUUGGGAUUAAUAGAAUUUUGGAAUAAAAACAAUGGUGGCUGCGAUUUCUACGGCGAUAAACCCCAAACGAGCGCAGACUCCAACUCCAAGGAGAACUCCUCUGUUACCUUCUGAAUCGGACAAUGCACUCGCUCCUCCCCGAAGGCCCAAAGCACGAGAAAUUACUUCUCGCUACAUGUCGUCUUCGUCGUCUUCGUCUUCCUCCGUUUCGUCUCCUCCUCGACGAUGUCAUUCGCCUCUGGUGGUGACAAGGACGGUCAAUUCUACAAAGCAAACACCGACGCCGGCGUUGAAGCGGUGUCAGUCGGCGGAGCGCCGGCGACAAGGCACUCCUCGACCUACUCUGACAGACGCUCCUGCGGCUCAGAAAGUGCUCUUCACUUCCACAAGGAGCUUGUCUGUUUCGUUCCAGGGCGAGUCGUUCCCGAUCCAGGUCAGGACAACGAAACCGCCGCCAUCACAGAGUUUGCGGAAGAGCACGCCGGAGAGGAGGAAGGUUGCAACGACGCCGACACCGGUGAGAAAUGGCAAUUCGGAUCAUGCAGAGAAUGGCAGGACGGGGCUAGAUCGGCACCGGUGGCCGGCAAAAUCACUGCCGCGACCACAACAACUGAAUUGCGUGAACCGCAGCUUGGAAUGUGUUGAUUCCCCUGGGAGAAAACAAACGGACGCGCCGGAGAACGUUGUUAGGUCAUUGCAGAAUGUAAUGGCGGAUGUUCGAGCUUCUCACGACGCGACGCUAGGAUCGGAGAGUAACAAAAUUAACGGAUCUAAGUUUCGGCCUGAAGCUGAGCUUGAGCCUAUUGCUUCUGAUACCGAAAGUGUAACCUCUGGAAGUUCCUCUGGAGAUGGAAUUCGAGGUUCCCGAGGGAUCGUGAUGCCGGCGAGGUUCUGGCAAGAGCAUAAUAACCGUUUACGGCGCCAAACAGAGGCUCCGUCUUCUAGAAACAGCGUAAUUGGAAAUAAAGGAACUGUUACUACUACUCCUAGUCCUAGGAUUUUAGUGCAGAAGAAAUCAGUGUUGGAUUCUGCUGUUUCAUCGCCACGUGGAGUUGUGAAUAGCCGUGUUGUUCAAGGUUCUCCUAUUCGUUCCGCGGUUCGUCCUGCUUCUCCGACUAAACUAGCGACACCUUCUGUGUGGUCUCCUUCGAGAGGAGUAAGUCCGUCACGUGCGCAAAACGGCGUCGCUGGUGGCAUGAGUAGUAGGUUCGGAAGUGAACCUUCUGUUCUGAGUUUCGCGGUUGACGUUUCCAGGGGAAAAGUUGGGGAGAAUCGGAUUGCUGAUGCGCAUUUGUUGAGACUCUUCUAUAACAGGCUCCUCCAGUGGCGUUUUGUUAACGCCAGAGCCGAUGCUGCUCUAUCUGCGCAGACAUUCAAUGCAGAGGAAAGCCUCAAAGCUGCAUGGGUAGCUAUGUCAAAAAUACGAGAAUCUGUUAGAGCCAAAAAAACAGAGUUUCAAUUGCUGAAGCAACAAUUUAAGCUAAUAAACAUCCUGAAGGAUCAAAUGUUGUGUUUGGAAGAUUGGGCUACUUUGGAUCGGGUUUACUCUACUUCACUUUCCGGAGCAACCGAAGCGCUAAGGGCUAGCACUCUUCGUCUUCCUGUUGUUGGUGGGGCAAAGACAGAUUUGCUAAAUUUGAAGGAUGCAAUUUGUUCAGCAAUGGAUGUGAUGCAGGCAAUGGCGUCUUCCAUUUGCAUAUUGUCACCUAAGGUUGGGCAACUAAAUUCGAUGGUUGUCGAAGUUGCCAAUUUAAGUGCGAAGGAGCGUGUUUUGCUUGAAGAGUGCAAAGACCUUUUAUCAGUAAUUACAACCUUGCAGGUUAGAGAAUGUAGCCUGAGAACGCAUGUUGCUCAACUGAAAUGUCAACCUAGAAGCACUGAAGUAAAAAUAACAAGCAAAUAAUACAUUGUCUGACCAGCCAACUUUCAGUGCUAACAUCAUAACAUAGGAAUGGUUGUUUUGGCUUUGAUUUCAAUACGUGAAACAGUCAUUACUGAUGGAGAAAAGCUAGUUAGUAUGAAAAAGGAAAAAUUACAGAUAGUACAGAUAUUCUGGUCAAACAGGAUUUCAUCAUAUUGUACAAAGAAACUCGUAACAAAUAGUUGCUCUCUGAUUAUUGAUCACGUGCUAGGAGUGAGGAUUGAAAUUUGUCGUUCGGGAGAUAGUUUGUAUACACAUUAUUCUAUUUGUUUUUUUUGUUAGAGGAUGUAUAUAAACUGUGUAGCAUUUUACAUUUUAGUUUAUUUGUUUUUAUGUUU